CCCACCCGCGGAUACUUGUGCCCCCUCUCUUCCCUGAGCCUCCUCCAUUUCCCCCCCGAGGAGGUGACACACGCACAUCCUCCCCCUCAAGUUGAGACGGCGGCCAUGUCGCGGGCCCCCGCCGCCGUGGGGCGGCUGCUGGCGCUGAUGAUCUGUUUGAAUUAUGGAAAUGGACUCUACGUGAAGGUUUACGAUCGAAAUGGCAGGAGUGGUGUGUUGUCUCACCCCAACAGCCUCUUCAGACAGAAGCGAGAAUGGACGGUCCCUCCGGCUUUCAUACGGGAAGAGGAGGACAAUUCCUACAAGAAUCCAAUCGCUAGAAUACAUUCUGAUCUUGAAGCUGCAGGGGUAGUGGUGACUUACACUAUAUCUGGUCAAGGAGUAACAGAACCCCCUUUUGGAUUAUUUGUUAUCAAUGGAAGGACUGGAGACCUGAAUAUAACGGGAAGGGUUGACAGAGAAAAGACUCCAAUGCUGCUUCUUAGAGGUCAUGCACUAGAUAAGAAUGGAGCAAAAGUAGAGGAGCCAAUAGACCUCCCAAUUAAAAUUGUGGAUAUAAAUGACAACCCUCCAGUGUUUUCACAUGAAGUUUUUGUUGGUUCAAUUGAAGAAUUAAGUGAAACAGGUACAAUUGUAUUGAGGAUAAAUGCAACAGAUGCGGAUGAACCAAAUAACCUGAAUUCCAAAAUUGCUUUCAGGAUCAUUUCCCAAAGCCCUAGCGCUGCAUUCACUAUGGAUAAGGAUACUGGCGAGGUUCGAGUAGCAAAAAUAAACCUUGACAGAGAGACACAAAGUAGCUAUUCUUUGGUGGUGGAAGCAAAAGACCGUGGUGGUGAAUUAGGUGGGAAUGCUGCAACGUGUUCUUUAGACAUCAAGAUUUUGGAUGUCAAUGACAAUCUGCCGGUGGUUGAAAGUAGUGCAUUCGAAGGAAGCAUUGAAGAAAACAGAGUAAAUGUGGAAAUUCUGCGAAUAAAAGUAUUUGACAAAGAUGAAAUGUUUUCUGAUAAUUGGCUGGCAAACUUUUCGUUUGUUUCUGGUAACGAAGGCGGCUUUUUUCGUAUAAUAACAGAUAACCAAACAAAUGAAGGCAUUUUGACUGUUGUGAAGGAGCUGGAUUAUGAAACAAUGCAAAGCCUAAACUUGGGCAUUGUUGUUACAAACAAAGCAGAGUUCCACAAGUCAAUUAAACACAGUUAUAAAGCACAAACAAUUCCAAUCAGAAUUAAUGUGAUUAAUGUGCGGGAAGGCCCUGUGUUCCCUGGUGGCACAAAAAUUAUUGAAGCAAGUGAGAAACUGCAGAUCAGACAGGUUAUUGGACAGUAUCAAGCCUACGAUGAAGACACUGGAAAACCGGCACAGCGCAUCACGUACGUGAAAGGAAGAGACCCAGCAAACUGGAUCACUAUAGACUCAGUGACAGGUGAAAUCCGACUUGUCAAAAACCUCGAUUACGAGUCGUCUCACGUAGUAAAUGGUACCUACACUAUCACCAUGUUGGGUGUAACUACUGAUUCGCCUAAGAAAACAGUCACCGGCACAGUCGUCAUUCAAGUUACAGAUGAGAAUGAUAACUGCCCAGUUAUUGUGAACCCUGUGCAGACUGUGUGCUCAGAUGCAAAAUUAGUUGAUGUUACAGCCAGUGAUAUGGAUGGUUACCCAAACAGCGAUCCCUUCAGCUUUACUGUCAUUGAUGAGCCAGAAGGGACAGCAAAAAAAUGGAUAAUUGCAUCCAGAAAUGGCACCAGUAUACAGCUGGUACCACCAGAGCUGAAGCUGGGCAGAACUGAAGUUCCCAUCCUGGUGAAGGAUUACCAAGGGCUCAGCUGUGCUCAGCCCCAGUCUCUGCAGCUGACUGUGUGUAACUGUGCAGAAGACAGCGUCUGCAGAGAGAAGAUCAUCGCCGAUAAGUCAGUGGGUCUGGGCCCUGCAGCGAUUGCACUAAUCAUCUUGGCAUUUCUACUUCUGCUGCUUCUCCCGCUGUUACUGCUGCUGUGUCCCUGUGGCUCGGGAGCGAAGGGCUUUGCUGCGAUACCGGACUACAGCGAAGCCAUGCUGCGUCAGUGGAACAGCGAAGGGGCAGCUCCCGAGGAGAAGCCAGUGCUAAGCCUCAUCCCACCCACUGCAUUGGGGAGCUCAAGAGGAGCAGCAGCAGCAGGAGCAGGAGCAGCAGGAGCAGGAGCAGCAGCAGGAGGAGCAGCAGGAGCAGCGGUGGCGGGAGCAACAGUGGGAGCAGCAGCAGCAGGAGGAAUGAGUGGAGAAGAAACUGCAGCAGGAGGAGGCAGCUCGGCCUCUCACGUAGGAGAGCAUCGCUACACCGUUGGCAGGGAAAGAUGGGAAGAGCAAAGACAUCUCCUUUCUGGUGCUGACUAUGGAGCCAUGGCAGCCGGAGCGGCUGGAGGCAUGGCUGGAGGCAUGGCGGGUGUAGACGGCAAGACAGCGGUGGCUGGAGGAGGCAUCGCGGUGGGAGCAGCUGGAGCCAUGAAGGAAGAGUUUUUUAGAGACUACAUCAGUGAUAAAUUUGUCUCUUUUGUGGAUGAAGAUGAAGCUCAAGCUGCAAACGACUGUCUCCUGGUUUAUUCCCAGGGAGAGUCAGGCUCUCCCCAUGGCUCCAUCGGCUGCUGCAGCUUUAUUGAGGGUGAUCUUGAUGACCACUUCCUUGAUGAUUUAGGAGACAAAUUUAAGACUCUAGCAGAAAUAUGCAUAGGCAGACCCAUCAACAUGAAAGACAGUAGCUCCAGGAAUGAAUCGGGUUUUGGUCUUAAUAACACAAAGUCACAGUUCUUAGAUCAGCAAACUGCUUCCAGCUCGGAACAAGCCUUUGCCUCGGGCAGCCUCUUCCAGCCCACCCCACUGGUGCACGCGGGCCAUGGCGCAGGAGAAACCACCAUGUCCAAGGAGGUGGUCACAGAAACAACCUUUGCAUCCCAUUCUGGGCAGCACGAUGCUCAGACACUCCCUGCAGCCCACGCGGAGACCAAUUUCACCAUGACAGAAACAUCCUACUCUGCGGGGGCUCCUGCCCGCUCGGCUGCUGUCUUUCUAGACCCCCAGUUUAAGGAGAACGUAGUGGUGACAGAAAGAGUGCUGGCACCUGCAUCCAGCUUGCAGGGUAUGGUGGAAGUCCCCGAUUUGCCACACAGAAGUAACGUGGUGGUUACGGAGAGGGUGGUGAAGUCAGAGGGCAGCGGAGCAGGAGCCCUGGUGGUUCAGGAUCUCCCUGACUCCCAGUACGUCGUGGUGAGGGAGCGGGAGAGGGUGCUGGUGCCCGCUGCAGAGCAGGGCUCGCUCAGCUUCUCCACUUUGGCAGAUGGGCACAACGUGGUGGUGAACGAAAGGGUGGUGACGGCCUCGGGGACGCAGAGCAGAGCCCAACACGCGGUGGGUGCUGCUGGCUCGGGAAGGGAAGAGCACGUGUUGAUCACAGACUCCCUGCUUAACCAGGCGGGCUCCGGCCUAGAAGGGCCGGCUCCUGCCAGCGCCACGCUCAGCAAGUCUUCCAGGGUCACCAAAUACAGCACGGUGCAGUACACCCGCUCCUAGCCCGGCCCCUCGCAGGGGUGGCCGUGUCCAGCCUCCCCUGUGUCUGUGUGCCUCUUGCUUUGGGCUGCUCCUUGGGACCCAAGUUUGCCAGAUCUUUCAGAAUGACGUGGACUUGCUUGUGGUAGUUUGUGCAAAUAAGCGUUGUGACCAAGAAGCAAGUGAGGAAGUGUCCUGCUGUCAUUACGUAACAUUGGCAGGAAUGCUUUUGAAGUGGAAAGCUCUAGGAAAUAUGUAUAAUUUUUUUAUCCUUGUUUGCUAUUUUUGUAAUUGCUUUUUAUUAUUCAGUUAGUGUAAUAAUACCAUGUAACCACAGCUGCCUAAUUAUGGGAAAGCAGGAAAAAAAAAUACUAAAGUGUUGUGAUGGUUAGUAGCUUAAAAAGCACAAGUUUGGUUUUCUGAACUGCUGUUUAGUGUGUCUGCUGAACCUCCCCCUGAGGGGCAUCAGUUUCUCAUUGUAUUUUUUGGCAUCUAUUUUCUCAUCUAUUACUUUGUGGACCAGGGCAGCUCCUCCUGAGCUGCAGAUCUCUGCACCUUGGUGAAUUGAUAAGAAAAUCUCUCUUACCUGAGAAACCCAAGCAAGUACCUCCUCGGGGCAGCGGAGCGUUGAUCUCCUGGGAAGGAUGUCACAAUUUCGGGUUAUCAGCGUUUGUACCUUAAGCAAUCGAUACUUGCACAUUAGCACAGGGGUUAAAGAGAGCAAGUAGCAAAAAAGCUGAGAACUGCAAUUUUUUUGGUACCUUGAUGUAAAAAUUCCAUUCCUUGGUGUGCAUCUAGGCUGACAUGGACAAGUAAGCAUUUGCAUCGUAUAGAUUUUUCACUGGCUCCUGAUUGGUCCUUCAAUAAUGUAUGAGAAUCAGCUGAAACUUACCUUAGCUUUAGAGCCAGAGGUUCAGCCAGUGGCUUUGCUGGCAAAGUUUAUGUCACUUAGACCUCUGUAGGGUCUGAUUUACAAGUGCAAUUAACUAAGUGGUUUUAAUUCUGUCUGUGAACUCAGAGAUACAAGCACAGAGACGCAAGUCUGUGUGUAAAAGGUUCUGCUGGCUCCAGUACCAGCGCCCUGCGUGGUGCCAUAUAAUGGCAGCUUUCCUUAGCACUGA